AUGAUUUACAAAUUGUUUGCCUCUUCUAACUUGCACCGUUUCUUGAAUUUCCCUCUUGAACUAAACUGGCUCAUUGCCCUAGAUAUGGUAGAUACGCCCGUUAAGCAGGAAAAUGAUGAUUUAUGUUUACAUGAAAUAAAAAAUGAAUCGGGUGUAAGUUUUUCAAAGCCUCAGAAAACCAGGAAACCUUCGAAAAAACGUAGCCAUGAAGUUGAACUGGAGUCGACGAGACUUUCUCCAGCCUUACAGACUUUAUUCGGUGUAUUUAAGAUCAUUAAUACAACAUAUACUUUUCUUUAUUCAAGAAAUUGUUUAACUACAACGUUUUCCUUGUUAAACUCUAGCGUACGCCAGUCUUUAAAAAGAGAUCUCUCAGUCUUGGAGUUAUCCCAGCUUAAAAUAAUCGUACCAGACCUAAUUGAGUUAGAUUACAAGUCAUUCGACAGCCUGGCUAUGGAAAUGAACAAAAACGUUUACGCAGAUAUACCUAAACAAAUAUACUCUGAUGACCAAUCCUUUCAAGGAUCGAGUUACGUCCUAACAGUUUGUUUAAAUCAAACGGUUGAAUCUUCUAUUAAACGUCAAAAAAGGGAGGGUCCUACUAUGAAAUCACGGAUUCAGAAAGGGAAGUUUGAUAUAAACGCAUUAAAGAAAGAAAUUGACAGUCGCAAUACAAUUUUUUUAAAACAUUUACAGGAAUUUAUAAAUUCUUGUGGUGCUAAAAGCUUAGAUCCGGAUAAGCAUUUGAUUCAAGAAGCUGAAAAAACGAUACCUUCUCCUCCUGAUGUUAUAGUUAAUCCUCCUUCGAAGAUAGGUAUGGACCAUGAGCAAAAGGCUCCAUCUUCUAUUGAAGAUGUCCUAGUGAGCUUGACCGAGGAAUCUACUUAUGAAGGUCAAAUAGUUCAAGAAAGUCUUUAUCAAUACCCUGCCGUUGAACCACGAUUUGGGACUUUGAAGCGUAAUCUUUCUCAAAGUUUGGUAAAUGCCUUAUUUAGCUCUAGAAAUAUUGAAAGGAUGUAUACUCACCAAGCUGAUGCCAUAAAUGCUCUUUGGGAGAAUCUUCAUGUCAUCGUUUCAACUGGUACAUCCAGUGGAAAGUCUUUGAUUUACCAAAUACCUAUUUUGGAUGAACUCGAAAAAGAUAUAGAAUCUUCUGCUUUUUUUGUUUUUCCUACAAAGGCUCUUGCACAAGACCAGAAACGAUCUUUAAUGGACGUUUUAAGCUUUAUGCCUUCGCUGGCUCAUAUCCGGAUUGAUACGUUUGAUGGGGAUACACCAAUUGAAGCAAGGAAUGAAAUUAUAGAAAACGCGAGUAUCAUAUUCACAAAUCCUGAUAUGUUACAUCAGACUAUUUUACCGAAUCAUCAUCGAUGGAAUCGCUUUUUUAAAAAUUUAAAGCUUUUUGUAUUAGAUGAAGCACAUAUUUAUAAUGGUAUUUUUGGUGUUCAUGUCGCCAUGAUCAUGAGAAGGUUACGAAGGAUAGCAGAAUACUAUGGCAAUGAUCGGUAUAGAUUUGUUUCUUGUUCAGCUACAAUUGAACAACCUGCACGGCAUAUGAACAUGAUUUUUGGAGUUGAAAACGUUAAACUGGUGAAUUACACAACUUCGCCUUCCGGUGCUAAGCAUUUCUUGAUGUGGAAUCCUCCUUUAGUGGAUAAAAAGAACAUACAAUCAGGCAGAAAGCCGGCAAUCGCAGAGGCAGCAAAUUUACUUAUUUACUUGGCCGAGAGGAAAGUUCGUACAAUUGUUUUUUGUCGUAUUCGAAAAGCUUGCGAAUCACUCAUGAGAUUGGUAAGAGGACAGCUCAAAGCGUCUCAUAAAGAGUAUUUAUUGGAGAAAAUUCAAAGCUAUAGGGCUGGGUAUACGGUUGAAGAGAGAAGGAAAAUAGAAAAGGAAAUGUUUUGUGGUAAUCUGUAUGGGAUUGUUGCAACGAACGCCCUCGAAUUGGGUAUUGACAUAGGUUCCUUAGAUGCCGCCAUUACCGUUGGUUUCCCGUGUUCUUUGUCUAAUCUACGACAACAGUUUGGAAGAGCUGGACGACGAAAUAAAUCCUCAUUAGCGAUCUACGUUGUUGAAACAUUCCCUGUAGACCAAUAUUAUUUACAACACCCUAUGUUGAUACACACACAACCUAACGCAGAGUUGACAUUGGACCUUGACAAUGAGGUUCUGAUUGCAAGUCAUCUACAGUGUGCAGCCUUCGAGUUGCCAAUUAAUGAGAUGAGCGACAGCCGAUUUUUUGAGGGCAAUUUAUCCGAAGCAUGCUCUACUCAUCUGGUAAAAAAAGAAAAUAAUUUGUUUUUUCCUCACCCAAAAUGCCUACCGUUUCCUGCAGUCCAAGUACAAAUACGCAACAUCAAUGAAGACAUGUAUACUUUGGUGGACGUAACCAAUAAUAGGAAUGUUGUUUUAGAGCAAUUAGAGCCAUUCCGAGUUAUGCUUAGUGCCUAUGAGGGAGCUGUUUAUGUAUAUCAAGGAAAGACAUUCAUUGUGAAAACUUUGAAUAUUCCUAGAAGAUUAAUAACUUGUAACAGAGUAGAUGUAGAAUGGUCUACUCUGCAAAGAGAUUAUACUGACAUUGAUCCUCAACGAAAUCUCUCGAGAAAGACCCUACAAUCCGCUAACAUAAAUGUGUUUCACGGAACUGUCUCGGUGGCAUUACAUGUGUUUGGCUACUUUAAAGUAAAUAAACAACGGGAUAUACUAGAUGUUGUCGAUAUUGUGGAUAAUCCUGUUGAAAUGAUUAGCCGCGGGUUUUGGAUUGAUGUUCCAUGGCACAUUGUGGAAAUCUUAUCGUGGAAAAAAAUCAACGGUGCGGCAAGUAUACAUGCUGCUCAGCAUGCUUUGAUGUCUUUAAUGCCGAUAUUCGCUGCAAACGGCGGGAAUGACAUACGAACGGAAUGCAAGUCAGGCGAAAAAGAAUUUAAGCAAGAAGCUAGUGAGCGAAGAAGGCCAUCUCGAUUGAUAUUCUACGACAAUUGUGGUGAAUGCGGUGGGGCCGAUUUGUGCAAAAAGGCUUACAAACAUAUCGACGAAUUGACGAUCAUGGCAAUAGAUCGCCUAGAACAUUGUGGAUGCAAAAUACGUGAAGGUUGUCCACAAUGUAUUACGAGCAUACAAUUUGAAGGAGGAAUUUGCUCUGGGGAAGUAUUAGACAAAGAUGGAGCAUUAAUACUUUUAAAAAUGCUAGUCGGUCAGAAUGUCAAUCUUGACCUUUUCCCAGAUGGCCCCGAAAUAGACGAGUACCAUGCACUAAGGACACUUAUACCAACUUAA